AAUUUAUUUAUUCAUUAUUCAACUGCCUGCCACUGCACUUUUCCUUUUCCCGAAACAAUGGCGACCAAUUUGAUCCGUCGAGCGAUGAACAUGACGUCACGUUUUCCGUCAUCGACAGUGGCUCCAGCGUCGCGGCUGGUGUUGGACCGUCCUUACGCCACCGAAACGGAAGCUCAAAAGGUGGAACCGAAAGCCUCCUCCGGCAGCGGCGGCACCAGCAUGAAAACCUUCCAAAUCUAUCGAUGGAACCCAGAUAAUCCUACGAAACCCCAACUUCAAGACUUCAAAAUCGACUUAAAAGAAUGCGGACCCAUGGUGCUUGAUGCCUUGAUCAAGAUCAAGAACGAGAUGGAUCCAUCGCUCACCUUCCGUCGUUCCUGCCGUGAAGGGAUUUGUGGCUCUUGUGCAAUGAACAUCAACGGUUGUAACGGGUUAGCAUGUCUUACCAAGAUCGAAUCUGGACCGUCGGAAACGACGAUCACGCCGUUGCCGCAUAUGUUUGUGAUUAAAGAUUUGGUGGUUGAUAUGACUAAUUUUUAUAAUCAAUAUAAGAGCAUUGAGCCUUGGUUGAAGAGGAAGAAUCCGCCACCGACGGCGGGGAAAGAGAUUCCGCAAUCUAAAAAGGACAGAGCCAAGUUAGAUGGGAUGUAUGAGUGUAUCUUGUGUGCUUGUUGCAGUACCAGCUGUCCUAGUUAUUGGUGGAAUCCUGAAUCUUAUUUGGGUCCUGCUGCUUUGCUUCACGCUAACAGAUGGAUAAGCGAUAGCCGUGACGAAUACACAAAAGAGAGAUUGGAUGCCAUAAAUGACGAGUUUAAGUUGUAUCGUUGCCAUACGAUAUUGAAUUGUGCUCGUGCUUGCCCGAAGGGUCUGAACCCAGGAAAACAGAUCACAAACAUCAAGCACCUUCAGCUGACUGGUGGUGCUUAAAGUUUCAAACUUCACAAUAAAUUGUUGUGUAUUUAAAACCAGUUAAUCUGGAUCCUUGAACAAUUUGUUUCAAGUUAAGGAUGCCAAUAAUUGUAUUCUGUAUGUAGACCUUAUUUUCAUUUGAUAUAAUGCCAAAUUUGAUAAUUUUAUA